CUGUUAGCGCGGCGCUAGUACCGGGAUGCGUUCUGUAACCAUGGCUACGCACACUUCCGGGUUCCCAUAUCCGGCCGUUGUGUCCUGUCACCAGCAGUGCUGACACCGAAAACUUUAAGAUGUCAUCAGAUGAAGAGAUUACUAGAAGUCCUGAUUUACCAAAAGAUUCAGACCAUGGCAGUUCAGUGUCUUCAGAUUUCCAGGAUGAAUAUGACCAGCUUCUUCGUUACGCUGUGGUAACUCCAAAGUUUGGGUCUCAUUUCCUCAGGGAACAUCAAACGACUGCUGAGCAAACCACAAGUGACAGGUUUUCAGGUCCCAGAGAAUCUGUGCGUGAACAACAGGCUCCAGAAAGAAGCCAAUCUUCAUCCACGCCAGACCUUCCACAACAUUCAGAAAGAGAGAUUCAAUUAGAAAAUCCUGCAACUACAGCAGAUCUUCUAGGACCAAGGAAUCAACAAGAUCAGAUCGUAUUUCAGAGAUCGCCAUUUCAUUCAGGCAUGGAGGCCUUCUCUCCGCUUCACUCUGAGGAAAUGUCUCUUCAUGGGUCCUCCUCUUCCUCUACAAGGUCACAUGUGGAACAGGUCAGAGUAACAGAGCUCCCCGUCUCUGCUGAAAACAUGCAACAGGUGGAAGAUUUGCUUGACCUAUGGAGUGGUAAUCUUAAGACAAAUAUGAUGACUGAGUUAAGGAAAUGGAAACUUACAAUAAUUGAGAAUCACAAACUGGAGAUGAAGCAACAGAGUGAAAAGCAUGCUGAGCACAUUACUCAUUGGAGCAGCCAGAUAGACAACCUCAAGGGCUUGCUGCAGACCUAUGAGACAUCUAUACGCAGGAAGGAUGAGGUCAUUUCUAACCUGACCCAUGCACUGGAGAAGCACAAGGAAAAGAUCGAGCUCAUGCGAGCUUUUACCCACUGGCGACUUCAGCAGAUAGAAGCCAGACAAGAGGAUUAUGCAUGCAGUCUGGCUGAUAGACAUUACAGAAAGGUAUUACUAAAGAAUAGCUGGAGAACCUGGCACUCGGUUAUUGAAGUAAAUUGGAAAUACAAAGUGGAGCAGGCAUGUCGAGCUCGAGCUGAAGAAGUGUGCAUUCAGUUGACUAAUGACUAUGAAGCAAAGGUUGCACAGCUGAAUGGAGCCAUAGAAGAUGCAAAAUCAGAAGUACAGAGACUUCUUGUGGAGAGAGACCACUUUGAGGGCACAAUGAAGAAAGCCUUCAUGCGGGGAGUUUGUGCAUUAAACAUGGAGGCAAUGUCAAUGUUUCAAGAGAGAGAAACCCACAUGGGCCAUGCAGAUCUUCCAUCAAGGAGGGACGACCUUGGCUCUAAUCCUUCUGUAACAUUUCAGCAACCACCGGCUUCCGCUCCUCUGAUCUCCUCCCAACACGAUGUCCUCUCUCCUGUCCACUCUCCAGCUGGCCCCUCACCUUCUGAGCAAAAUUUUAGACCUCACUUUGGUCUAUCAAGUAUUUCCCAUUCUAAGGAUGAUGGAAGCACUCCAGUUGUAAUAUCUGCUACUACAUCUGGAUCGAGUAUAUUAUCCUCACAGAAGCUGCCAAUGACAAGAAUUGUAACAUCAGCUCAGCAGAAGGCUGGAAGGACGAUAACAGCCCGGGUGACUGGCCGUUCAGAUCUAACACAGAAGAUGAGUAAGACCGGGACCAGCAUCACCUCUAUGGGGGUCUCCCCGCCAAUGAGCUCCAUUGUGGUUGAGAAACAUCAUCCAAUUACUCAGCAAACAAUCGCUCAGGCCACGGCAGCAAAGUACCCCCGUUCAGCACUACAGAGUUCCAACUCCAUGAGUGGCAGAGGGACCGGGCACAGUACACGAGUCUCCCACGUUCACGGCAGUGUCCAUUCCAUAAAAGUCGUCGAGUGAUCUGCUUCAGCCCCAGCUCAGCGAGAGCGAGGAACGUCUCGGGGUGUAUCUAGAAGUGUGGUAUCCUUCUCACCAGGUGAUGGCAGAUUUCAUUAGAUGGAUCAACCAAUUCCUCAGUUUUAUAUAUUCCUAUCCCUGUCUUACUGCUUGCAGUGAUAAAGAGUGCCUUAAUGUUGUAUAAUAUUUAUCACCAAUUCAUUUUUAUGUUUUCAAAAUGAUCUAUUUGCCAAACUAAAAAGAACUGUGAACCUGUCAAUAUGCAGUUAAAGUGGCAUUAAAACCAAAAACAAACCUUUAUCGCAUUGCGGCUUACCAAUUCUUAGAUGUGAUGGCUGCAUUAGUCUUUAGUCUUUUUUUUUUUUUUUUGAGGCAUUCUUUCUUUUAUUUUUCACCUGGCAACCCUGCCAGUAACUCUGUUGUUUUUCAAAAGAACAAGCUUAUUUCCAGAUGUAUCCGUUUACAUGGAUCAGACAAACCAUUUAACACUGACGGGUGCUUGCAAUGAUUGGCUUUUUUUAUUUAUGCAAGACCUUGAUCAUAAAAGGAGAAAAAAACAUUUACUCUAACUGAUUAUAAAGUGUUGGUUAAAGUUCACCUUCAGCUUGUUACAGCAUUUAAAUCUGCUAGUACAUCUAAGUGCAGGAGCGAACUUGAGUCGCACCGAUUAGAAUGAUUCCUUUUUUAGUUUAAAGCGGAGCUCCGCUGAAAAAAAUAUAUUAAAAGCCAGCAGCUACAAAUACUGCAGCUGCUGACUUUUAAU